AUGUUUCGAAAAAGAGUCAAGCUGCAGGCUUCCGGAAGCUCAGAUGCUUCCUCCAAGGAUAACGGUCAUACUUCUAUUGAAAAAAGUCGGCGAAGAAAUAAGGUCAAGAUCUUGCAAAGUUAUGACGACAACGAUGAACAAGAAGAUGGCCCGGACGUGACUCUUCGGAAGAAGACUAAGAAAACAAUCAGAUAUACUGCUGUACUAGAUACGCCGAUUAAAGAUGAAGAAGAAGAAUACAAGCAUGAUAUACCGUUUUCGACUGAUACGAAACCGCAAAUCAUGAACUUGGAAGACAUCGACGACGACGAUGGUGAUGAUGAUGAAAAUGAAAAUAACGAAUUGCAUGGUAUACCAUCAAACAUAGAAAUUGAGAGGAUACGAAGGCAGCGAGCAAUUUUACAGCAGACCUCCAACACUACAGGGACGGGUUUCUACAAUUCAGCUCAUAAGCCGCCCUUAGAGUAUAAUGAACGAGAAUACGUCAAGUUGCUGAAUAAAGAAGAUAAAAAUGAUCUUUUGGAGGUUAUCGGUGAUCGAUCAAGAGACACAGAGGACCAUGACGCGCCUGUAGAUGUGACACAAGGUGUAUUUGAAGAUGCAAGACUCGCACUCAGCAAAGAAGAGCUACGACGUGAUGAAUCUGAGCGGAGGCAGGAGAUUAUAAAUGCUCUAGACGAGGUGCAAAACGAUCAAUGGGAAGCGCAGCAAGUCAACAAGAUGGAAAAGGGUUCGAAAAUUACUUCACUUCCUCUCCUACAUGAAGACGAUCUGGCUCUCGAAGCGUUGAUAUCAGAACUUCAAAACAUCGCUCUCACCGCACAGAACAAACGAAAGAUUAUGUGCGCUCAGAAACGUUCUUUGAAAGCUGAACUCGAUGAACUCACCCAACAGCAACAAGCUUUGGUAUCGAGGCUAGAAAGAAUCAGCUCUGAAUAG